AUGAUCGUCGAUGCUUCUACAAGGCCCAUCCAUGCAGCUUCAGAAUAUCUUGACGGUCUGACAAUUCCCCCGGAUAUCGCACCCGCAAUCAAGGCGAUCCACCUCAAGGGCUUUUUGAAUCAAUCCGUCUCCGUGCUUCAUCCCCAAAUGCCGACUCCGCAGAGCAGAUCGUGUCCAAACCGUCGGGCUCGAUUGCGGGUUAUGGAUAUUUGGAAUCAGAAAGCCUUGUGGCUUCCGCUAGAUGAAGCUCCUCCUUUAUCCGUUAAGCUGCUCCGGCAUCACAGGGCUCGGGACGAAGGCUCUCGCCGCAGCGGCGCGUCUCAGAGAGUGGAACAUUCGGAGUGGACCCAGAAUCACAAGCUUUGGGCAAACUCGGGAGCGAGAUAUGAUUUACACGCCUCAAUUUGCGAAUACACGCCUGUGCAAGGCAAGGAGCGCGCGCUGGCCGCAUCGGGAGCCCGCGCGCUUGCACAGAACUUCGGCGUCUCAGGUGGGAGGGAUGGCAAACAAGUUCAAGCCCGGGUUAUUGCCUCCUCUGAGGCCACCGUCGAAGCUCCGGUCGUUUCUUCGAAACUUGGAAGCCACUUGGCCAUGGAUGAUGGCUUGCGGUUAUCGCGGGGAGAUGAGUUUCACGAUAUGUCCAGGUUAUCCAUUACUUGA